GGGUCACGGCGCAGGCGCAGGGUACGGGUGGCAGCGGGAGGCCGAGGCGCGCUGCUUGUGUGUUCUCGUGCGGCCGUGGAGUGCAGAGCGGGGUCUGUGCAGCGGUGACGUUAUGUCAGACAACGAGGACAACUUUGAUGGUGACGACUUUGACGAUGUGGAGGAGGACGAAGGGCUAGAUGACUUGGAGAACGCCGAGGAGGAGGGCCAGGAGAAUGUUGAGAUCCUGCCCUCUGGGGAGCGACCGCAGGCCAACCAGAAGCGGAUCACCACACCGUACAUGACCAAGUACGAGCGAGCCCGCGUGCUGGGCACCCGAGCCCUCCAGAUUGCGAUGUGUGCCCCUGUGAUGGUGGAGCUGGAGGGGGAGACAGACCCCUUGCUCAUCGCCAUGAAAGAACUCAAGGCCCGGAAGAUCCCCAUCAUCAUUCGCCGCUACCUGCCAGAUGGGAGCUAUGAAGACUGGGGGGUGGACGAACUCAUCAUCACCGACUGAGCCCGGUCGCCUCCCUGCCCCUGCUCCGUCCUCAGUUUCUACUCGCCUGUCUUUUUCUACAUGUAAAUAAUAAAGUCUUCAGCCUUUCAGCCCUUUCA